AUGGAGAUUGACUUGCUCAGCCUCCUCAUUGAUUCUGCACCAUCCACUCUGGAGUCUGCCCAAACGGCGCAUCAUGCUGCUGAGCCUAGCCUUGACAUUGAGCUUGUGCCAGCUGUGUCCGUUGAAGAAGGAGCGGUGUUGCCGGUGCAGGUAGGUCCGAAGUUGCCAAGUCAGAUAGGACAUGUCGGGAAGGGAAGACACGGUGGUAUGUAUGAAAGGCGUUUGCUGACCUCGCACAUGCGAAUGUCGAAACUCGCCCGCAAAACCCAUUCGUUCGCAGAAGAGGUUCGCUGUUUACUUGAAGGUUCGAGAUUCAUAAGCAAUACUGGCGACUUGAUUGCUGUACGGCCUCGUUCAUCAAAAUCUGUCGGCGGGCUGGUCCUGGAGUUGUCCAAGCAGUCGCGACGUGGCAACCGGUACAAGCGAAGCAUCACUUGGGCUGAGUUUCUUGAAGCUGCGUAUGGCCGUUUCAAGCGAAAUACUGCUUUGGCGAUCUUCUUGAACAAGGGUACGACCACUAUAAAAAAUAUGCAAGUUUUCGUUUGUGGUGCUUGGAUGAAUCAACAGGCGUUACUGCUGGCGAAAGUCACAAGUUUUGCAGCCGCAACUCGUCCACUGGUGGUUAUCAAACACAUGAAAUUUGACGAAACGUCUCUUCUCUGUUCGUUGAACCCAGACAAAGGCAAGCACAGGUCCCGCAGCACAUGGGAGACUAUGGUUUAUCGCUUGAGGAUUGUAAUCGUCUGGGAAACGGGCGAGAACCUCAUUCUGCCGAUUGUGCUGCCCCCUGUAGUUCUGUUGUCGAGCGGGGCUGCUCACCAGUUCUAUGCACUUCACUUCCACCCCUGCUUCAAGUGCGUGAACGACCUGUUGAAAGUACUGCAAAGGCAUGCCAUUGAAUCCUUCGAUAUUCUGGAGGCCGAUGGCGCUUCAUCAAACGAGCGAUUACUGGCCCACCUGUACCAGCUUGCCAGACAAGAUGCGAGAUUGAUGUCACACAGUCGCUGCAUGAGUCAUGCUACUCAGCUGGUGAAUGUUGCAGUGCUUGCUGGCACCGAAAUCGAAGUGAUGAAUCGGCUAUAUGGUCUAACCGUAUUUCUCAGGAACUUGGGGUAUUGGGGCAGGUUGCACCAAGCUUUACGGAAGUGGGUUGCAGAAUCUUUGGUUUUCAAGCAGGACUGUUUGUCUGAGUCCGACAUGCCCGGGCCGGAUCCGCAUUUGCAGGAGUUCCUCAUGUACUUGGAGUUUUGGAAAGAUCUGGAGUCGGAGUCAUCCGAUCGGGAUGCCAAAGCCUUCAAAGUCAAAACUGCUCGUGUGCUGGAGCUAUUCAAUGGAAAGGUCUCAGGCGGCCUGAGCCACACAUGCACACAUCGUUGUGUUUCGGUGGGCCAUCGCCACUGCAAGGACCGGGAAGAUGCUGUGCGAAAAUGCGCCGAAAGUUUGGCCGACCUCUUCUUGAGCGUCAUACCGACUGUACCUGUCCCAUCAAAGUGGACGACAAUCUUUAGUUCGCUGGAUUUCAGUAUGGGCGGAUUUCUCGUUGGGAACUGGUUGCCACAUGUUUUCAAAACAGCGUUUGGCCUUCUACAGUUCGAAGAAUUUGCUGCGGGCGAGCAGGCCAUGGAUCCCAGGUUGAUCGAAGCUCUGUCGUUUUCUGCCGUCAACGGCACUCGCUAUCGAAAUUCCAUGAGCUUUCUUCAGAACAACAGCAGUGCGUGGACGAUCUCCUUGCUGACUGUUGUUAUGGAGGUUUCGCGGUGUCUCACAUACUACUGGUUGGGUUCAUUGAAGAAGAGUCUCAACUGUCAGCUGCGGUGUGUCAUCUUCGAGGUUCUUGAUCCAUCGGUGAGUGUCAUCGAAAGCCUGCUGCAACAUCUGGCUGAGCUCACCAUGAGCUUGACAGGUGUGGGGAGACUGAAGCUGCUUUACUGGCAGCAUGCUUCUUACGAGGAUUUUUGCCUGCACGAACCUGGUAAAGUCCGGCAGUUGCGACGUCUCUUGCUGCUGAUGGCUGGGUGGGUCUAUCGACGUCAGUUCAUCUACAUGAACUCCUUGCGGUACUCGAUCACAGUCUUUGCUGACCCUGAUGCACAUCCAGAUGUAGUUCAGCGAGUUGCAGAUGAAUGGGACAACAAGUCAUCAUGUUGUAUGCCUCCGGGUAUCGCCCGAAUGUUGAAGUUGCGAGGUCUAACUUCGCAUGAUCUGCAGUCGCCUCGCUGGCGACUUGUUUUGGCGUACUAUGCGAAAACCUUGACUUGGAGCAUUGCGGACGUAGAACAGCAGCAUGCCGUCAACCGACAAAGUGCUGCUUGUGCUUUCUCCACUAUAUGCGCCAAGUCGAUCAAUGCUGUGGCCCUGCAACAGAAAGUGUCCGAGAAGGACAAAUUUCGACAGAACGGAUCCUCACUGGAACCUGUCGAUGCUGCUUCCUCACAUCGUUCAGACAGAAUAGCUGUGGUAGCAAAGCGAAAGCUCAAAGACCAACGUGCCAAGGGUCAAUCGGCAUUCGAGCUCUUUCGGAAAGAUUAUCUUCGCAGGCAGCAGCUAACCGGGACAGCGAAUCCUUGCAGUCGAGACGUGUGGAAGGAAGUGAAGGAGGCUUUUCAACAGUUGCCACAGCAGCAGCGAGCUUCCUACGAUACUUUGGCGCUGGAUUCAGCAACCAAUGCAGCAGCAGCACGUGCUCGUCUAAAGCAACAACAAACACAACAACGACAGCUAGAACCCGGAACACAGCCGAUGCAGUCCUCUGCCCAAGAUUGCCGAGCUUUGGUGCCAGUGUCCGGUCUUGGUCAGCCUCAUCGCAAUGUCCAGCAACUGUCUUUCGACGAGUUCAUGGGCCAGCCGGAUUUGCAAAGUGCUAUGCGGAAAUUCGACAAGCCUGAUGCUCGUCUGGGCAGCGGUGCGGCGGCGGCCAAAACGAAUUAUCCGGUUGGGGAGCACACGCUGGAGAGUGUGUGGAAGUGCCAGCGACAGAGAAGAAUUACUUGGAGGGAUGCAACGACAAAGUUCAGGCUGGAGACAGAACGGAUUGCUAGGCCGUGCAGUGCUGCAGAGGCCUUUCCCGAGCACGUUACAUACGAGAGCUGUUGUGGGGUGCAAUGCCGUAUGUUGGAGUCGGACGUCAGUGCGGAACGUGUAAACCUUCAUGUGAACAUCCUUGCGGCUUUGACACAGAUUGUUCAAAGCUUGGGUCGAAUCUCCCAGGCCGUGAAGACAGACCUUCUGUUAGCAUGCGAGGUUUUCAAUGUGGCACGUGAGAAGCAAACCACGUUCGCUUUCGUGACUGCCAUGUCCGCUCGAUCCGGCAUCCACUCGCCCGAGCAAGUCUACGUGGAAGCAGUCCCUGUAGACGGUCUUGGGUCAUGUUCCAGUGGCCCCGAUCGCUUCAAGAGUCUUGACCUGCAGUUGUGCACAUUGCCAUGGGUGCACCAAAAGAAGCAAUGGCUUCCUGUGCAAGGGGGUGACCACUUUGGCCGAUUUCGCAUGUUCAGCUCGGAUGAAUUUGCCAAGGAACUCUUGGACAUGUCUCUUGGUUCAGGGGCGCCGCCCUCACGUGUCCUACUAUCAAGACUGAGUUUCGAAGACCUCUGGCCUUCCAGUGUUCGUGUGCUGGGCAUCGAUGCUUCGAUGCAGCCUGUCCUGGUAACACCUUCUGCACGGGUGCUCCCUGCUCAAGAACCUGAGGUUGGCGACCCUGGCUCUGAACCUGGUGGUGCGAUCGAUGAGGCCCGUGGUGACGAAGAGGAUGCAGAAAUUGAUCUGAUGGCACUGAUGGUCGAAGACGCCGUGCCUCAGCCUGCUGCCAAGAGAAAAGCAAAAAGAAAACACAUGCCUUCACCUGGCGACGACGUGGAGGUUCCAGAAGGCAGGCUUGAUGACAUAUUCGAUGACCCGGAAUUCCAGGCAAUUUUGGGUUCUAGCGAAACCGAGGAAUUGCGACGUGCUUUUCGCAUGUGCUCUGAAGCUGCCUCUGCGAGCACAUGUGGACCAAGUGCUGCUGCUGAUGCAAGUGAUUCUGAUGAGAGCAUCAUUGAGGAAGAAUCAGAGCUUCCUGCGGACACGGGGGCCGCUCAGCAUCGUGCGAAGGGCCGGAAGCGAGCAAGGAAGGAUGAACCUGAUGAACCGAUGCCGGACGAAUACUUGAAUCUGAAUGAUGUAGCAGUUCCGGCAGCAGCUUCGUCAGGCAGCAGCAGCAGCAGCAGUGCAGCGGGUCCUCCGACUGCCCCGCUGCCAGGUGCUGGUGCAGGCACGGACAGAGUUCUCCGCAUCAUCUCCAACACGUCUUGGAUCAGGGCGGUGACAUGUGCUCGAGGGUUGGAGGUCUGCCGAGUGGAGAAGUUGACAGUCGACCCCACAGGGGCCGUGCAGUCUGUCAGAGUUCUUGGUGUCGUUAAGCGUAUGAUUUCUACAGCUUCUGGUGCUGAAAGUUUGCAAGCUCUCUGCCGAAUUCACAAGCAGUGCAUGUGCUGGCUGUCCAACUCGCAGAAUUUGGAGUUGCUACUCGAAUGGUUGUCUGUUGCCGAGGAAGAUUCGGAAACGGAUGGCUUGUCGUCUCAGUCCCAUCAUCAAGAUUUGGCUGUUGCCUUGAAGCAGUCUUUGGGCAUGCGUGUACGUUCAAAGCCCAAACAAAGUCAGUAG